UCACACAGUACACAGCUGCUUUUACUACUGAGUCAUAUGUUGUUCAGAUCAGAGCUCAGACUGGUUUCACUUAUCAGGAAGUGAAACUCAGACAAUCGUUGCAACUGAGAGCUGAAAUGGCGCAGAGAGGCGAUCAGCUGGAUAGAGAAACUUUCUGUUGUUCGAUCUGUUUGGAUCUACUGAAGGAUCCAGUGGCUAUUCCCUGUGGACACAGCUACUGUAUGAGCUGUAUUAAAGGAUUCUGGGAUGGAGAGGAUCAGAGGAAGAUCUAUAGCUGCCCUCAGUGCAGAAAGACCUUUGCACCGAGGCCUGUCCUGAUGAAAAACACCAUUUUAGCAGCUUUAGUGGAGCAGCUGAAGAAUACUGGACUCCAAGCUGCUCCUGCUGAUCACUGCUAUGCUGGACCUGAAGAUGUGGCCUGUGAUGUCUGCACUGGGAGGAAGCUGAAAGCCUUCAAGUCCUGUCUGACCUGUCUGAUCUCUUACUGUGAGAAUCACCUUCAGCCUCAUUACACUGUUGGUCAACUUAAAAAGCAUAAGCUGGUCGACCCCUCCAAGACGCUUCAGGAGAACAUCUGCUCUUGUCAUGGUAGGAUGAUGGAGAUUUUCUGUCGUACUGAUCAGCAGAGUAUCUGUUAUCUCUGCUCUGUGGAUGAACAUAAAGGCCACGACACAGUCUCAGCUGCAGCAGAAAGGACUGAGAGGCAGAGAGAGCUCGAGAUGAGUCGACUAAACAUCAAGCAGAGAAUCCAGGACAGAGAGAAAGAUGUGAAGCUGCUUCAACAGGAGGUGGAAGUCAUCAGUUAUUCUGCUGAUAAAGCAGUGGAGGACAGUGAGAAGAUCUUCACUCAGCUGAUCCGUCUCCUCCAGGAAAGAAGCUCUGAUGUGAAGCAGCAGAUCAGAUCCCAGCAGCAAACUGAAGUGAGUCGAGUCACAGAGCUUCAGGAGAAGCUGCAGCAGGAGAUCACUGAGCUGAAGAGGAAAGACGCUGAACUGAAUCAGCUCUCACACACAAAGGAUCACAACCAGUUUCUACACAACUACCCCUCAGUGUCACAACUCAGUGAACCUACAGACUCAUCCAGCAUCAAUAUCCGUCCUCUCAGAUACUUUGAGGAUGUGACAGCAGCUGUGUCAGAGCUCAGAGAAAAACUACAGGACAUCCUGAGGGACAAAUGGACAAACAUGCAUUUGGCAAGGACUGAAGUGGACGUUUUACUGCCACAACCAGAGCCCAAGACCAGAGCUGAGUUCUUAAAAUAUUCUUGUAAAAUCACUAUGGAUCCAAAUACAGCAAACACAAAAGUGUUAUUACUUGAGGGGAACAGAAAAGCAGAAGCAAUGAGUCAACAACAGUCUUGUUCUAGUCACCCAGAUAGAUUCACUGGAUGGUCUCAGGUCCUGAGUAGAGAGAGUCUGACUGGACGUUGUUACUGGGAGGUGGACUGGAGAGGGACAGAAAUUCGUCUAGCAGUUGCAUACAAGAAUAUCAGCAGAGUAGGGAGCUCGAAUGAAUGUGGAUUUGGAUUUAAUGACAAAUCUUGGAUGUUAAUCUGUUACACGACUGGCUAUGACUUCUAUUUCAACAACAUCAAAACUCCUAUCUCAGGUCCUUGUUCCUCCAGAGUCGGAGUGUACCUGGAUCACAGAGCAGGUAUUCUGUCCUUCUACAGCGUCUCUGAAACCAUGACUCUCCUCCACAGAGUCCAGACCACAUUCACUCAGCCUCUCUAUGCUGGACUUUGUCUUUACUAUGAUGGAGUCACAGCUGAGUUGCAUCUACAAUUGGACGAUGGGUGUAACCAACAUGUCACACAGUACACAGCUGCUUUUACUACUGAGUCAUAUGUUAUUCAGAUCAGAGGUCAAACUUGUUUCACUCAUCAGGAAGUGAAACUCAGACAGUCCUUGCCACUGACAACUGAAAUGGCGCAGAGAGGGGAACUGCUGGACAGAGAAACUUUCUGUUGUUCGAUCUGUUUGGAGUUACUGAUUGAUCCGGUGGCUAUUCCCUGUGGACACAGCUACUGUAUGAGCUGUAUUGAAAAACACUGGGAUGGAGAGGAUCAGAGGAGGAUGUACAGCUGCCCUCAGUGCAGACAGACCUUUGCACCGAGGCCUGUCCUGAAGAAAAACACCAUGUUAGCAGCUUUAGUGGAGCAGCUGAAGAAGACUGGACUCCAAGUUGCUCCUGCUGAUCACUGCUAUGCUGGACUUGAAAGGCAGAGAGAGCUCGAGGUGAGUCGACUAAACAUCCAGCAGAGAAUCCAGGACAGAGAGAAAGAUGUGAAGCUGCUUCAACAGGAGGUGGAGGCCGUCAGUCGCUCUGCUGAUAAAGCAGUGCAGGACAGUGAGAAGAUCUUCACUGAGCUGAUCUGUGUCAUACAGAAGAAAAGCUCUGAUGUGAGACAACAGAUCAGAUCCCAGCAGGAAACUGAAGUGAGUCGAGUCAAAGAGCUUCAGGAGAAGCUGCAGCAGGAGAUCACUGAGCUGAAGAAUGAACACGCUGAACUCAUGAAGCUCUCACACACAGAGGAUCACAACCAGUUUCUACAUAACUACCCCUCAGUGUCACAACUCAGUGAACCUACAGACUCAUCCAGCAUCAAUAUCCGUCCUCUCAGAUACUUUGAGGAUGUGACAGCAGCUGUGUCAGAGCUCAGAGAUCUACUACUGGACAUCCUGAGGGACAAAUGGACAAACAUCUCAGCGACAGUGACUGAAGUGGACGUAUUACCAUCAGAACCAGAACCAGAACCAGAGCCCAAGACCAGAGCUGAGUUCUUAAGAUAUUCAUGUGAAAUCACUCUGGAUCCAAAUACAGCACACACAAAAGUGUUAUUAUCUGAGGGGAACCGAAAAGCAACAUACACAACUCAACAACAGUCUUAUUCUAGUCACCCAGAUAGAUUCACUUACUGGCCUCAGGUGCUGAGUAGAGAGAGUCUGACUGAACGUUGUUACUGGGAGGUGGACUGGAGAGGGACAGGAGCAGUCGGUGUAGCAGUCGCAUACAAGACUGUCAGCAGAGGAGAGAGCUCAAAUGAAUGUGGAUUUGGAUAUAAUGACAACUCUUGGAUGUUUGUUUGUCACAGUGAUGGUUAUACUUUUUAUUUGAAUACUUUAAUGACUCCUAUCUCAGGUCCUUGUUCCUCCAGAGUCGGAGUGUACCUGGAUCACAGAGCAGGUAUUCUGUCCUUCUACAGCGUCUCUGAAACCAUGACUCUUCUCCACAGAGUCCAGACCAUAUUCACUCAGCCUCUCUAUGCUGGACUUUGUGUUUAUUAUGGAGCCACAACUGAGUUUUGUCAACUAGAAUAGACAGAAGUCAUUUCAGACUUCAUGUGUCAGAUUCUGUGCUGCUCUUCAUUUUUUUCUCCAUGUUUCUGAGCUGCACAGAGAUCGUCAACACUUUUUUAACCCUCC